AUGUUGACGACGUGGCUUCCUUCUUGGUCGCCAAGGCGAAAGUUUAUCGUCCUUUCAUUCGUCGUCGGCUUCAUAUUAUACAAUUGUUGGCGUGCCGCUGCUCCAUUUCGCAGACCAACACUCUUCCUGUCCUCGUCAUCACAAUCAUCAUCAUCUGUCUUCCCAAACAAGAUAUGGUACAAACUUGGCCCAAGGGGAUUAAGCGACGAAGCUCGAAAUUGGACAAAGAGCUGUACUGAGCUGAACCCCGAAUACCAUGCCGAAUUCAUGACAGACACGUCGGCAGACCAAUGGGUGCGUGAUAAGUACGCUCAUCGACCAGACAUCCUCGAAAGCUACCUCAAUCUCACCAUCCCGAUCCUCAAAGCCGACUUUCUUCGCUAUCUUCUUCUACAUGAGGAAGGGGGCAUUUGGUUCGAUCUCGAUGUGUCCUGCGAGGUUCCGAUUGACGACUGGGUCCCCGCUCAAUACCAAAGCAAUACCUCCCUCCUUGUCGGCUGGGAGUUCGACAUGGGCUGGGGCUACGAGAUUAUCCACCAGCUAGAAAGCUGGUCUUUAGCAGCAAAGCCAAAACUACCACAUAUGAUGAUAGCAAUCGAGGGUAUUAGCCAGGAUCUGCACCGUAUUGCCUCAGAGAAAGAAACAACUAUUGGCGGUAUCACGUUAUCUAUGGUUGGUGAUGUUGUUGACUUUACAGGGCCUAGAAGGCUGACCCGAAGCAUCUUUAAAGGGAUACAGCAAGGGUUUGGGUUGAAUGACAUUGAGUUUGUAACAUUGGAGAAGAGUACCUGGUUUAUCAGAGAGCCAAAGAUGCUUGGAGAGGUUUUAGUUCUUCCUGGCUUCUCGUUUGCCUCGUCCAUGAACACGUACGAAGGGACAGAGGCGGUUGGACCUUCAUUGGUCAAGCACCACUAUGCUGGCUCUUGGAAAAAUGAUCACGGCGGAGAAGUUUAG